AUGAUGAGAUAUUCCCCGUUGGGUUCUGGAUUCUCAUACUCAAGAAAAUAUGAAGGGUAUGAUGCCAACGAUACUAUUUGGUCCGAACAGGCUUCUAAGUUUCUUUUACAGUGGCUUGUUGAGCACCCACAGUUCAUCUCCAAUCCCCUCUACAUUGCUGGGGAUUCAUAUGCUGGAAAAAUUGUACCUAUGGUGGCCAAAAGAAUAUUGGAUGGUAUUGAUGAAGGGAAAGAACCAUUACUUAACCUCCAGGUAAAUUGCUUGAAUUGAUGGGCCACUGGCAAUAAAGGGAAAGA